AUGUUCACGUCACUCUCACGACAAGGCAAGGUCCUCCUGCUGGUCUGCACCAUCAGCCUCGUCACCAUCUGGACGUGCCGCCUCCCACAACUCUGCAUCUUCGACCAACGCCCCCAUGCGACAGCCGCCAUCACCUCAUGCCCCAGCUCACAUGCUCACCAUGAACAAAGUGGCAGCAGCGUCGACGCCGACCUCUCCGCCCCAGACGCUCCCUUUGUCUCUUGGCCGCUGGCCCGCGUCUGCAGCGAGAACAAGAGGUGGACUCCAGGAUUGGUUUUCAUCUGCGACAACAACUCGGGCGGCAUCGGCAACAUACGAAACUUCAUCCUGACCUGUCUGCGCUAUGCUAUCGAGUCCGGUGCUACCGGACUCACGUUGCCGACCAUCCAGACUCGCAGCGAGGCUAAGCUUGCUGACCUGUUCGUCGGCAAGAAGCUGCCGUUCGCCUACUUCUUCGACGAGGCGCACUUCCGCGCCGGCCUCAGCGAAGCCUGCCCGCAGAUCACCAUCUACGGCGGCGGCCUCGGCGACGUCCCUGGUCUGGACGCCGAGGAGCUCAGCACGGGCCGCGUCAAGCCCGAGCAGAUCACGCCGAACCACUUCGGGCGCAGGGGCGGCUGCGACGCGCGGGACCUGAACCGGCACGGCGGGCUGUUCGGGGAGCGUUUCCACGUCUUCCUGAGGGAGCGACAGGAGCAGCUGGGCCUGGGGCCCGUCAGCGCCUCGAGCCCGAAGCUGGUGCGGAUGAACUGGGGCGUGCAGUGGAACUGGCCCGUGAUGCAGGACGGGCCCGAGUUCACAGCGUCGUUCGGGGGCCUUCUGCGGUUCCGGGACGACAUACUCGCCCUGGGCGGGAGGACCGCCGACGCGAUGGACAAGCUGGCGGCCGGCCGCGGCUUCGUCGGCAUCCACCUCCGCACCGAGAGCGACGCACUGGGCGCGUGGCCGACGUUCGAGAACCAGACGGCGGCGUACCUCGCCAAGAUAGCCGGCCUCGACCCUCCGCUGCCGGAGUAUGCGUACCUCGCGACGGGGAACGCCACUGAGGCCGCGAGGCUCGCGGCGCUGGCCGCGGCGCAGCAGGGUCUGCGCGUCGUCACCAAGCACGAGCUGCUCCGCCUCGCCGACGACGGCGACGAACUUCUGCGGCAGCUCGAUGCGCUCAGCUGGGACCAGCAGGCACUCGUUGACUUUGUGGUGCUGCUGCGGUGCGGCUACUUCCUGGGCGUGAGUCCCAGCUCCUUCAGCAUGAACGUCGCGCUCAAAAGACACCUGCGGGCAGACGGGUUGUACACGCGGCCAUGGAGGAUAGGCAGCAGUGAGGGUGACGGGAGGAGCUGGCUUAUUGGAAAGUAUGAUAAUUACUGGGAGGAUUGGCUUUUUAUGUAUGACUCGCUGUGGCCUUGA